AUGGGAAGGAAGCUAAGAACGGCGUUGGACUGUCUUCGCCCUGCCUUGGGGCAAAACGUGACCUAUCACCAGCUGAAACAGAAGAUAUGGCACGAUCAGCAUGCUAGGAAUAGCCCAGAGUUGUUGCCAGGGGAUACAGUCUAUGCUCGGAAUUUCAAACCAGGACCAAACUGGGUUCCAGGUGAAGUUUCCCACAGGACAAGUUCGUCGUCUGUGAACCUUCGGCUCUCCGAUGGUAGCACCUGGCAUAGACAUUCCGACUUCGUAAGGGGACCACAAAACAACAGCACUUCGCAGAAUCCUCCUGGAAGUCCUGUGCGUGCGGGGCCAUCCAUGCCUGCGUCACCAAACGCGGACCUGAUUCCCCCUCCUGCGGCACCUGCUGUGUCGAGUCCUGGGCGGGACAACGUCCGUCCACUCCCAGGCGCAAUUGCUAAUGAUGGACCAUCACAAGCGGCUAUGGCGGCACCAUCACCGCCCGUUCCGCGGCGGUCUACUCGUCCACAACGACCAGUUGACCGCUAUCAGCCGUAA